CGAGCAUCGAGUGCCCUCAUUGGCUCCUCGGUUAGCCAAUGAGUGGACGUCUUGUAUGCCGGUCUCCCUCGCUCCAUGUGAGUAGCAUUUUGGCUGCUAAACGACCAGCUAACGCCAAACAUCAUGCUUCGUCGCGAGGUGAGACAGAGGAGGGAGUAUUUGUACAGGAAGGCACAAGAAGACCGACUGAGAACAAUAGAGGAGAAGAAACACAAGCUGAAGAAUGCCCUCGAUGAAAACAUUCUUCUUCCCACUGAUGUUCGUCGAGAAGCUCUGCAGCUGCAGAAACUGGUGGAGUACGACGAUGAAGGAGCAGAAGGCGUCAGCUCUUACAUGGAUGAUGAAUAUAAAUGGGCCGGAGUAGAAGAUCCUAAACUCAUGGUCACGACGUCCAGAGACCCGAGCUCCAGACUCAAGAUGUUUGCAAAGGAGGUGAAGCUGAUGUUUCCUGGAGCUCAGCGCAUGAACAGAGGAAACCACGAGGUCACCGCGCUGGUGAGAGCCUGCAAAGCCAACAAUGUCACAGACCUCGUCAUCAUCCAUGAAACCAGGGGACAGCCAGACGGACUGAUCGUGAGCCACUUGCCAUUUGGACCCACGGCGUAUUUCACACUCUACAACGUGGUGAUGAGGCACGACGUCCCGGACAUCGGCACCAUGUCGGAGGCUUACCCCCACCUCAUCUUUCACAACUUCUCCUCACAGCUCGGCAGGAGGGUGUCCAAUAUCCUCAAGUAUCUGUUUCCAGUGCCAAAGGAGGACAGUAGGCGUGUGAUCACGUUUGCCAACCAGGAGGAUUACAUCUCUUUCAGACAUCACACCUACAAGAAAACAGACCAUAGGAACGUUGAGUUGUCAGAAGUAGGACCGAGGUUUGAAAUGAAAUUGUACAUGAUCAAACUGGGCACUCUGGAGAACGAGAGCACGGCGGACGUGGAGUGGCGUCACCAUGCGUUCACGCACACAUCCAAGAAGAGGAGGUUCCUCAGUGUGCAGUGAAGACGCCGUGAAGAGCCACAAAAACACUUGUUGGACUUUAAAGAAAGAUCUUAAAUUGUGGCGUUUAUGAUCACAAGUUUAAGAAUCAUUAUCAUCAAAGACUGUGAGGGUCAUACUGAAGAAAGAAAAAAACAUAAUAUUAUGAGGGGAAAAAGUUAAAGUAUCACACAUUUUUCAUGUUGUCAGUGGCGUUUGCCUGCGUCUGCGUGAUGCGACGGCUCAUUCCCGUCAAUACAGACACGAAUUUCAACAUCAUACAGCUUCAGUUGAUCAUAAGAAACCAUGUCGUUAAGCGUCGGGUUCUCUGUUGUACUGACAAGAGAAACUGUUAAAACCUCUUUGAACGGCACACAGAAAGAAGUCUGUGAGAUUCUUUUUCUGGAAGACACUUCGUUUCUUUCGCAAUCUUUUAAAAAAGUCGUGACACUGAUGCUGAUGUUUGAAAAGAUAAAGUAUUUCCUUCUUUGUGAAGCUCAAACUUAAAGUAUAACUUUAACAAGAUGCUCCACGACCACAGCAGAUUUCUUUAUUCUUGUAAUAUUACUUUUCUUCAGUAUCGACCUAAUAAAUACUCAGUUUUAUAAUAAAAGAUAUUCGUAUUGAUUUGUUCAUAAUGUGACAGAUUUUCAUUAAAAAAAGAAAAAAAAAGAACGUACUUCAGUUUCACUUCAGUGUUUCAACCAGAACCACAGUUUUCUGUUUGGAUUACAUUUUUUUUUUUUUUUAAAGCUUUUCAAGAUGUAAUGUGUAAGAAACAGUGACACCUAAUAGUCAAAGUGUGUCAAAGAACUACAGGAAAGGAGCCAACGAUUAUUCAAUGAAUCGUGUUUUUUCCAAUAAUUGAAAGAUGUGUGAUUUUUCUGCUUCUUAAAUGUGAAUAUUUUCUGGAUUCUUUGCUCCUCAUAACAAAGAAAUCAUUAGAACGUCAUCAUUUCCAGGUUUGAUUCCGGUUGAUAAAAAAGUCUGAAACACCGA